AAUAUUACCAUUGCUGAUCACAGUCGCAGUGGUCUAAAAAGUUGUAAAAGUCGAAAAUCCAGUUAAAUCUUAAUAAUUUUAAUAAAUCGCUGUUACUUCGGGAAGCCGCAAAGUGUUAUAAAUGCAGUUUUGAUCCGAAAAAGUGUCGCAGAGGCUGAAAACGUCGUCGAAGAAUUGCAUUUGUAUACAGCAGUCUGUGUGCAGGUGUUGUCUCAUUCGGGCGUAUCUUCGAGUUGAAUUGUGGUGCGAGCGAAACAACAACAAACAAGUUACAAGCUAAGAGGCGGCUUGAGGUUAGUUGACUUGUCAAUUAACCACAAUCAAUAAUUUUCUGUGGGUGUUUGUAAACAGACGCAAUUCCUUCAUCACUAAAUACAAAACUGGAGUUGUUAGACUCCAGCAGCAACGACGACACCAUUCACUCCACCAACUUGAAUAGAAAAUUAAUCAAAAUUAAGAAGUUUAAGCUGGACGAUAUGAAAGAAAUGGUGGGCGGAUGCUGCGUUUGUUCGGACGAGCGGGGGUGGCCGGAGAACCCGCUCGUCUACUGUGACGGCCAAAACUGCACCGUUGCUGUGCAUCAGGCAUGCUAUGGCAUCGUUACCGUACCCACCGGUCCCUGGUAUUGUCGUAAAUGCGAAUCCCAGGAGCGCACUUCGCGCGUGCGCUGCGAGAUUUGCCCCUCGCGAGAUGGAGCCCUCAAGAAGACUGACACCAGCGGCUGGGCGCAUGUCGUCUGCGCCCUCUACAUACCCGAGAUUCGAUUCGGCAAUGUGACCACUAUGGAGCCUAUUAUAUUGACCCUUAUACCCCAGGAACGCUACUCCAAGACCUGCUACAUAUGCCUGGAGAUCGGAAAACCAAACCGUGCCAAUGUCGGGGCUUGCAUGCAGUGCAACAAGGCCAACUGCAAGCAACAGUUCCAUGUGACCUGUGCCCAAAGCUUGGGGCUGCUCUGCGAGGAGGCUGGCAACUACUUAGAUAAUGUCAAAUACUGCGGCUAUUGCCAGCAUCAUUACAGCAAAUUGAAAAAGGGCGGAAACGUCAAAACCAUACCACCCUACAAACCCGUACAACAUGACACCUCCUCCGAUUCGUGCUCGUCGCCUGAGAAGGAAAUCGAUUCGACCAUGAACUCGGCAUCCACAUCAGCAACAAGCAUUAAGAUAACAAGCAGCACCUUAGCCGCUAGCUCCUCAAGCUUGUCGAGCGGCGGAAACACCGUUUCAUCCUCAUCGAAGCAGCGCAAAUCGAAUGCCUCCGGCAAAUCUUCGGUAUCAUCAGGCAGCAGUUCCGCAACAGCAACGGGGCUGCCAAACUCCACAAGCUCAUCGAGCUCAGCCGUGGUGACGAACCCUUCAACUGCUGGCAGCUUUCUGGGCGGCAACAGCAGUAGCAGCACAAUCUCUACUAGUAAUAACAAUACCAUGAGCAACUCCUUAACGAGCUCUAUUAGUGGCAACGUUGCAGCCCCACUCCCAGGCAGUGGUAAUGCUAUGAGCAGCAGUAGCAAUACCAAUGUGACUGGAGCCGGCAGCAGCAGCAGCUCCGGCAAUGCAAUAGGGCAAAGCAAUUCAACCACUAAGUCUUCGGCUACCAGCUCUAGCAGCAGCUACAAGGAUAAGCAUAGUAAAAGCUUAGGCAAGCAAUCCGGCUCUGGUUCCAGCAAGGACAAGGACAAGGAUAAGGAUGGCGGUAGUAAUUCAUCAAACAAUAGCUUUUCCCACUCAUCAACCUCUUCGUCGUCCUCAUCCUCGUCGUCGUCACGCGACAAAUCUGCAAAGUCAUCCAAAAACAAAGAAAGCUCCAAAGAAGCUGCCAUCGUUGCUUCCAGCAGCAAUGCAACAAGCAGCAGCAACAUGCCCAGUGCCAGCAGCAUUACGGCCAACAGCAGCUCCACUUCAACAGCGCAUGUAUCUAGUAGUGGCAAUGCUGGCAACAGUCUAGCUGCUGCCUCGGUCAAUGAACAUAGUAAUCAUGCCCAGAAUCUUAGUACGUCGGCUCUGAGCAGCUCAACGGGCAGCGCCUCGGGCAAACUGCAAUUGGCGAGCAACUUGGGCGGCGGCUUCGGCGCCGAGCUGCAUGCCACAAGCAGUAGCAACAGUAAUACCGCCGUGAAGGAUGCGUCAUCUUCUUUUGCGGGUAGCAGCAAUACAAAUAAUCUGGAUAGUUUGUCGGGCGCUGGUACGUCCACAAACAGCACUCUCAAUCCGCUUGGCCUCGGCUCCAACAGCACUAAUCCAGGCAGUGGCAGCAGCAACAACAGUAAGGUAGCUGCAUCAGUUGCAACUGCCACAUCCACAACAACAUCAAGCCACAACCAGGCAACCUCAGCCAGCAGCUCCACUGUGUCGAAAAAGCGUAAGGUGGACGCUGCCAAGGCAGUUACCAGCAUCAACCUGGAAGAUCACAAUAGCUCAUUCCGGGAUAUUAUUAAGGAUGUGCACGUCACUCUGACGCCGCUAACGGACUUCGAGAAGGAAAUCGAGAAAAGCUCCAAGCGGCAACGCACUGAAUUGAGUCCACCCACGCAUCAAACAUCCGCCACUGCUGAGGUGAAUGCCACGUUAGCCACCACAGUGCCAAGCGCAGCGAUAGCACCAAGUGGCACGACGAUAGCAACCACAGCGAGCACAUCAAUCGCCCCCACCAUCUCGACCAGCAGUGCAAGCAGCGUGGUUGGCGGUGCGGCCAUUGGUGGCUAUGCGAAGUCAGAGGCAAGCAAAACAAUCAGCAGUAGCAGCAGCAGCACCGGCAGCAGCAACAGCAAGCAUGGCAACAGCAGCAGCAGCAACAAGGACAACAACAAUGUUGUCACAAGUGGAGCAGCUGGCACCAGCAGCAGCARCAGCAGCGGUGCACCCAGCUUGUAUGUUUCGGUGCCGUUGUCCACGGCCAAUGUACCUGGCAUCAAUCUGCCCAACAGCAGCAGCAGCAGCAGCAAUGAAACGCACCCAGCUCAGGCGACACAGUCACCGCUGACCGUCGGCAGCGCAUUUGUAACGGGCACCGCGACAGCUGCAACUGCGGCAGGCAGUGCGACCAGCUCCGGCUCUGUUAUACAACAUCAGAGCGGAAAGUCCUCGCCAGCGCUGGGUGGGCUGGUGAGCAGCAGCGCCAGCUCGGUCAACCUGACGGCCACCACGACGGAGAGCGGAAACUUGAAGAUCAGCUUUGAGAAGCAGACGACUCGUGUGCAGCAGCUGCAGGAGCAGGAGGCGGCACCGGCGCGACGCAGCAGGACACCCGAUCUCAACACGGCCAGCAGCUCAAACAGCAUCUCAGCAGCAACCACCUCCAGCAGCAGCAGCAACAACAACGCCAUCGGCAGCAGCAGCAACAGUCUGUUAGGCGUCAACAGCAACAUGAACAACACGAGCAGCGGCGGUCUCAAAUUCAGCUACGAGGCACAAACGAUAAGCAGCCAGCUGGAUGUGCCCAUGCUGCCGGUUAGCGCCAUCAAGGACUCGCCGCCCAGUUCGCCCGGCUCGGAAAUUGGCGCCGCUUUGCACACGGCGACAGCAGCGCCAACCACGGCCAGCAGCAAUGUGCGCAAGCGUGGCCGCAAGGCCAAGGAUGCGACAUUGGCAGCGGCUGCUGCUUCGGCAGCCGCAGCAGCAACAGCGGCUGCCACUCAACCGGAUCUCAAGGAUGUGCGCAUCCUGCAAAAUGGCAUCGGAGCUGCCACCGUGCCAGCCAGCACGCCCACGCCCCCUGCCACGCCUGCCACGAGUGCGACGAGCGUCAGUGGCAGCAGCACCACUUCCAGCUCUGGCAACACCAUCAUAACGCACACAGCCACCCAUAUGCUGGGCAAUCAUGUUAAUCCCAACAGCAGCGUGGCCCAGAAGCUGUCCGAGCAACUGCACAUGGAGGUGCAGGAUCAUGCCAUCUACACGUCCGACCCCAUGACAUCGCAAUUUGUUGGUGUGCCCUUUCCCGGCAAGCAGCGCAAUGCCAACGCGGCGGCUGCUGCUGCGGGCAGUGCAACGCCAGCGCCGAAUCCGCUGCAAUCCAUGUUUGGCGGCGGCGGCAUCAAUGGCAACAUGCCCAUACCGCAGAGCUUGGAACAGCUGCUGGAACGCCAGUGGGAGCAAGGCUCCCAGUUUCUAAUGGAGCAGGCGCAGCAUUUCGACAUUGCCUCGCUGCUGAACUGCCUCCAUCAGCUGCAGAGCGAGAAUUUGCGCCUCGAGGAGCAUGUGACCAGCCUGAUAGCACGACGGGAUCACCUGCUGGCCGUCAAUGCCCGCCUCCAGAUACCGCUCAACAAUGCAAUCAACAAUGCCAAAGCCGAGACGCAUGCCUCCAACAACAGCAGCAGCAACAGYAAUAACAGCAGCAGCAGCAGUGCUCUCAAUGCUGCCACAACAAUUGCAGCAGCCGUGUCGCUGGCCACAACCGCUAUAAAUACAACAAUACCAACAAUGGCCAACAGUCGGGCUAGCAGCGCUAGCAGCAUUCUGGACUUUCGUGGCAACAGCAGCACCAGCAACAGCAACAAUAACAGCAGCAGCAACAGCAACAAUAUAAACAACAAUCCCACAGCGUCUAACACCAAUGCAACCACAUCAGCGACACCAACGGCUGCCAACCUAGCCAUGGGCAAUACAACCAGCUUGGGCUUGAGGUGA